AUGUGCGGUUGGUGUUUUGUUCGCAGUGGUACAAAACGUGAUAUUUUAUCCUGAAUCGUGGUCUUUUAGUGGUUUUGUUUGAUUCUCGUUGCGAAGCGUUUCAUUCGGUUGUACAAGUGCGUCGCGUUCAUACUACUCCGCUACAAUGGUGAAGCGAUUUCACAAGUACAAAACGGGUGAGGGUGCCCUGUACUACACGCGGAAAGCUGCGAUGAAUAAACUGCAGCUAUCCAUGCGUGACUUCCGGCAGCUAUGCAUCCUGAAGGGAAUUUAUCCGCGCGAGCCGAAGAACCGGGCCCGUGCUCAGCAAGGCUCGCGGGAUAUCAAAAUCCUGUAUCACAAGAAAGACAUCACCUUCUUGCUGCACGAACCGAUCGUUUGGACACUGCGUGAUCGUAAGAUUUACAACCGACGCAUCUCGGAAGCCUCGCACAAGAAAAAUGGCAAGCUGCUAAAUAUCCGCAUGAACAACUAUCCAGAAAUGAAGCUCGACCACAUCGUCAAGGAGCGCUACCCGACGUUCAUUGAUGCGAUCAAGGAGCUCGACGACUGUAUGACCCUGCUGUUUCUGUUCAGCACCUUUCCGGCUUCGAAAGUUAUUACCCGCGACCUGACGAAAAUGGCCCGCAGGCUGACGGUCGAGUUUAUGCACUACAUCAUCGUUGCUCAGGCGCUGCGCAAGGUGUUCGUUUCUAUCAAAGGCUACUACUUCCAGGCGGAAAUUAAGGGCGAAACGGUGACGUGGAUCGUGCCACACUACUUCCCACACUCGCCGCAUCGCGGGGAAAUGGUUGAUUAUGGCAUCAUGCGAUCGUUCGCGGACUUCUUCGUUGUGAUGGCCGGGUUCAUUAACUUCCGCCUGUACCAUUCGGUCAAUCUCGUGUACCCACCACAGUUUUCGCACUCGCUAGAUUCUGAUGAAACUAUCGACAAAGAGGAUUCAUUUAUUUCCGAACGCAUUGCGGCCCUGAACACGGAGCUGCUUCGGUCGGACGGAGGCAACUCGGGUACGGCUGAGGAAGAAACGGAGACGCUCGAUUGGACGGGCAUCAACGAAGACGUACCGCACGUGAAUCAGAUCCGCGAGGAGGCGCAAAGCGUGCAGAAACUCAAAACGCUCUUUAAAGGUCUCAAGUUUUUCCUGAACCGUGAGGUGCCCCGUGAACCACUGGUGUUUAUCAUUCGUUGCUUCGGUGGUAAGGUGUCCUGGGAUCGGAAAAUGUAUGUUGGCGCGACGUUCGACGAGUCGGACGAAACGAUCACGCACCAGAUCGUCGAUCGGCCGAGCGUGCCCAAGCAGUACAUUUCACGCGAUUACAUCCAACCGCAGUGGUUGUUCGAUAGCGUUAACCAACGGAAGCUUCUACCCACGAACAAGUAUUUCAUCGGUGCCGUUCUGCCACCGCAUCUGUCUCCGUUCAAUCGGGACAAUGUGAUUUACGUACCGCCGGAGGAGCUGUCACUUAAGCAGGGCGGUGAUGACGGAAACGGUAACGAGUUCGAGCGACCGGGUCGACGACGCGGUGAGGAACAGGUAUCUGACGACGAGGAAGUGGUGGAUACAUUCAAAGAACAGCAGGAGCAGGUACAGCGUGAUUAUGCGCUGUUGAAGGCAUUCAACGAUGAGAAAACGACAGAUUUUAAUUCGGGCCCCGAUGUGAACGAUGCCGCCAGUGAUGCGGAAAAGAACGAUCAGGAUGCGGAAGGAGAAGACGAUGAGGAGCAAGAGAGCUCAAAUGCCGGAGCAAAGAAGAAAUCGGCCCAAAAGAAAACAGGUGCCCCGAAGGGUAUGGCCGUCGUGAGUGGAAAGGUGUUCAAGGAGGAUGAAGUCGAGCAGAGGAAAUUAACCAAGCAGGAGGAGGCGCUCCGGGCGAAGUUGGUCAAAUCGAAGCACCGUAAACUGUACAAGAUGAUGAUGGAGAAGAAAAAGAAGGCCGAAAAGGAGGCGAACAUCCUGGCGAUGAAGCGUGCGAAGAUCGAGAAGGACAAGAAGCGCGACCAGGUGACGAAGCGGAAGGAACAGAGAAAGAAAAUUUUGACGUAAACGAACAUGAAACGUGGCGUGAUGCGAUUGGGCAGAAGUUUCCAAGAAAUGCAUCUUAUUCUAAUGCUUGUUGUGCAAACGGUUUUUGUCCAACAUUAAUAAAUUUCUCUUAUUACACACUUUU